AUGAUCCAGUCUCCGAACAGCUUCUUCAUGGACGUGAAAUGCCCUGGGUGCUUGCAGAUUACUACUGUCUUCAGCCACGCUCAGACCGUCGUGUUGUGCGGCAAUUGCAACGUGAUGGUGCUGGCUUUGUCGAAUGUCACGUUGGUUCUCCGGUGUUGCUGCAGCAAGUGCUGUUUCGAUCUUGAGCGACUCAUCAG